UUUAGUUUUUAGUUUGGGUUUCGCAAAUCUUUCCAAAAGUGUUUUUUUUUUUUUUUUUUUUUUACUCUUUAGCAUGUCAUCUCGAAAACUUGAAGUCAUCAAGAAUCAAGAAAAACGACUGAGUCGACGACUCACGGUGGAUACACAAGAGCCUUAUGUGAGCAUUCGACCGAUUAUCAAGAAGGCGGAUAAGGAAGCAGCUUAUACAUUAAGUGAAGCUUAUGCUGAUAAUAUUCUUUUGAAUUGGAUUACGGGAGCGAUCAAGGACAAGGGAAAAAAAUUUGAGAUGUAUCAAGAUAUUUUCAAGGCGUUAAUUCGAACGGCAGCCAGUGAAAGUCGAGAAUUUGCGAUUCAGUUGAAUGGAUGUAAAGGGGUCUUACUUUGGUCUGAGGGACAUAGUGAUAUUCUUUCUGUGGGUAAUGUGAUGAGUAAAAAACGACUUUGGGGGAGUUUAGGUGGAUUAGCGACGAUGCGUGCGACGUUGAUUCAUCAUCGUCACCUUUCAAAAAUGAAGAAACGUAUGAUGGCGGGACGAGAUCAUCUUUCGGUGAAUUUUAUUGGCGUUUUACCAGCGGAAAGGAAACACGGUGUGGGUAGUCAUUUAUUAAAGUAUGUGUUAAAAAAAGCGGACCAAGUUCAAUUACCGGUAUUUGCAGAAGUGUGGGGUAAUACAUGUCUUGGGUGGUUCCAGAAAUUUGGAUUUGAAGUCAGGGCGGAAAAGAAUUUGAGUGAUAAAGAAAAAGUGUGUAUUUAUUAUAUGGUACGUGAACCUGAAUUCAAUCCAGAGACACCCUCCACAACGACAACGACAACGACAGAUUUGAUGGCUGCGUUGAAAUUAGAGCCUCCCCGUGAAGAUAGUUUUGCUUCAAUACAAGAUUAAAAAUAUACUUUUUAUCACCACCCCCCUCAUCAUUUUGUAUUACUAGUAGACCUCCCCCCUUUUUUUUUUUUUUUUUUUUUUCAAAAAAA